AUGGCCGUCGGCACAAUCGCCCUCUUCGUGCCGGUGUUCCUGCCGAUGAGCGUGGCCGCAGUAGGCUACGCCGGACACCGCGCGCUUCAGGUCGACUGGCGCACUGUCGUGACACGCUUCGUGACGGGGCCGGGGCGCACCAGCCGGCUGCUGCUGUUGUUUUUCCUCGCGCUCAACUGGAAGAGUUUACCGCUUGCGUGGACGGUCCGCAUCUUCCACUCCUUCAUCUACCACUACUUCCACCGCCCACGCCUCCUGCCCCCGCGCGCCCUCUUCCACUACUCCAUCACCGCCUCGCGCACCUCCCUCCUCGAAACAGAUUACAACAUCCACAAAAGCAACUCGACCUACUUCGCCGACCUCGACGUCAGCCGGUCCCACCUGGUGACCCACCUCGUCGGCCCCGGUCUCCCCAUCAUUGCGAAAAACGCCAAACACAAGCGCGUGCGCGAUCAAGAGGGGAAUUUGGUCGGGGGGGGUUUCGGGAUUGGAUUGGGGGCGGUGUUUUGUAGUUUCCGGAGGGAGAUUGGGCCGUUGCAGGGGUAUGAGAUGUGGAGUCGGGUAUUGUGCUGGGAUAGGAAGUGGUUGUAUUUGGUUACGCAUUUUGUAGUCAAGGGGAAGGUGAAGCCGACGGGGUGGGAUGGAAGGCGGAUGGGGCCGACUCGGCCGAGGGUUGUUAGAGUGGGUGGUGAUGGGACGACGGAAGAGGACUUUAGCAAGUAUGUCAUUGCUACGGCGGUCAGCAAGUAUGUGUUCAAGCUCGGGCGGUUCACGGUGCACCCGGCGCUGGUGCUGGAUGCGGCGGACCUGUUGCCGCCGCGGCCGGGUGGGGUGGACGGGUGGAAGGGCGGGCAGAUGGGCACGGGGACGGUGACGCCGGAGGAUCUGGGGGAUGUGGAUGAGGAGGAUGGGGAAGGGGAGUGGGAUUGGAAGCGCGUAGAGGUGGAACGGCGGAAGGGGUUGUUGUAUGCGGAGCACUUUGCUGCAUUGGACGAUACUAACGGGUUGUUUGAUGGGGGCGAGGACGGGGCCAUUGGGCGGUUUCCUCUGGGUUGA